AUGAGCUGCAGCAGUGUUGCAGGAUCAGAAUUCUCUGAGGAAGAGCUGGAGCUUGGUGUGCUGGACCAAGAGGAGGAAAGUCCUAAGGCAUCUUUCCAAGAUAGUGAAAGCUCAACCAGCAGUCCAAGUGACCCAAAUGAAGGCCAGACCAAGAAGCGCAAUCGACCCGUCCGCUCAAAAGCUCGAAGAAUGGCUGCAAAUGUCCGUGAGCGAAAACGCAUAAUGGACUACAACCAGGCAUUUAAUGCUCUACGUGUUGCUUUAAAUCAUGACCUGAGCGGCAAACGGCUCUCCAAGAUCGCAACACUGCAGAGGGCCAUCAACCGCAUAUCUGCUCUCUCAGUUUUUUUGAGCUCCAAUCCUCCCAGCAAGCCCUGCGCUCACUGGGAGUGCAACAGGUCAUCUCUGGGGCCAGCUGCAGCAGGAGCAUCUCAGCUUGAACAGCGCAGGGUAACAGUUUCUUGUCUGCAGCAUCGAAGUUAUGUCCCCUGGCACGCGUCCCUCUCUCACCAUAUGCAGCCGCAACAACAGCCUCAUAUGCACAAGGUGUCCACAGAGCCACACAUCAACAUGGAUAACACUGUGUCAUCAUGUCCUCCGUCACCACACUACCCUUGUUACCCCACUGAGGGACAGCUAUAUGCCUCAUACGGACACUGUAGCAGCCCCAACGACCAUCCGCCCAGCCCUCUACGAUACCCUCAGGUGGGUGAGGGGUUGGGGUACCAGCCAGGGAUGUGGGCAUCCUGCACUCAGAAAUACAUGGACACUUUGAUGGAGCCUCCUCCAGCUCUGGGGAUACCCUGGCAGGUGAGCUACCUGCAAGAGCCAGAGCACAGCCUCUCUCUGGGCUCUGACAUAUUGUAA